AUGUCCAUCAGCGGGACGUACAACGUCACGUUCGCGAUUCUCCCCCUGCUCACCGCGCAGGUGGAGCUCCUGCUGAACUACUCCUCAUGGAAGACCAUCCUCUCACCCGACCCCUUGCUCUUCCCCAACCUCCCAAACGACACCGUCCCAGUCGUAGUUGAGCUGGGAAGGGAGAUUCAAACCGGUCCGGGUUCCAUCAAGCUCGACUUCCAAGAAGCCAAGCUCGAAGUCCCCAAUCUCUCGCGUCUCACGAAGGAGCCCUCCACGCCGUUCACCUUCAAGACGCACAUCUUUGUAGACCAGGCGAUCGACGUCUUCGGCUCCUUCGUCGAGUUUGGGCUGCCCACUUCGCUCGAGACGUUUGUCCCGGCCGAUUCGGCCAAUGUCUCGGGCCGGGGGUACCCGUACAGUGUGAAGGGUGCGGUGGAAAGUAAUUUCCUGACGUUGGGGGAGGGGGAGGAACCGAGGUGGGGAGAGGAGGCGUAUAGGAACGUGUCGAGCCAGACGUGGUUUGGGUGGAGUCUGCUGUGCGGGCGGCAUACGUACGACUACGAGCACCCAGUCGACACGCCCGCCUUCGUCAAAGGGAACGUCACGCUCUACCCGCCAUACGUCGGCGGCGCAGACCCCGUUACGUUCACCAACGUGCAUGGUCUGCACGCGACGUUCAACUUCUCCAUCGCUGGCCCGGAGGAUUGUGCUACUCUCAAUAGCCUGGAUUGAAGUCGGAUGCCUAUGGCGUCGUGGUAAUACACCCCGCUUGGUCUUA